AUGCAGUGCAGAGCUUUGUCAAACCCAAAGAUUGAAGUCUUGUGGAAUUCCAAGGUGACUGAGGCAUAUGAGGAGAGAUCUUUAGGGGGUUUGAAGGAAAAUAAUAUGAUGAGUGGGGAGGUUACUGAUUUUAAUGUUUAUGAGUUCUUUUUUGCGAUUGGACAUGAGCUGGCAACCAAGUUUUUGGACGGGCAGCUGGAGGUGGAUUCUGAUGGGUAUGUGAUCAUGAGGUCGGCACUGGCUUGGUUGGGUGAUAGGAAUGAAUGUGCGGUGAACGAUGAGAUUCAGGUGAAGCUUCCGACGACGAUGAGGAAGAGUGUUUCUUCUUGGUGCUUGUGA